GCCUGCUCACGAUAUCGAUAUCGCAGGUGCGGCGUUGCCACUUGCGAGCCGCGAUGUUCAUCAUCACCGAUAUUUCCAUUUUCUUGUGCCCAUCGAUCGCACUAUCGUCCAGUGCCAAUCGACCGCCUAUCGAGGCGCCCCCUUCCCUGUUGAAUGGUGAUUCUGCAAAUUGUUUAUGCCCGUGCACCGGUCGGCAGAAGUUUAGUUUUUUUCUACCCCUCAGCCCGGCGUUUCCACUUGUCCUUGCCACUACGUUGCCUUUGUUGACCACGAGUGCCCUUUCAGACUCCAGCAGCUGUGCUUCCUGGUUUGGACCCCGAUCCGGCCCGCGAUCCCGUCUCCUCGUCUGGGCAUGAUGCCCUUCUCCGUGAUGCUUGGCCACUUUCGGUACAGCUCUCUCAGCUGUGCCGACUUCCCCCUUCCUUCAGCAGACUGCUGCUGCCAGUCCUAAUCAGAUCCUUGUAGACCUUCUCCUCGCGUCCUUGGAGCUAUCCUUGGACCCCUUUCCUCGCGU